GGGCUUCGCUCCACGAAGAAGAUGCUCGCCGCCGCCGUCUCCCGCGUGUGGUCGGGAGUCGCCCAGAAGCCCGCUACCAGAGUGCUGGUGGCAUCCUAUAACUAUUCAAAUGAUGCUACCCUCGAAAUUAAGAGAUGCGGUCUUCACCGGUUGGAAGAGGGUCCGCCUGUCACAGCAGUGCUCACCCGGGAGGAUGGCCUUAAAUACUACAGGAUGAUGCAGACUGUUCGCCGAAUGCAACUGAAGGCAGAUCAGCUGUAUAAACAGAAGUUUAUUCGUGGUUUCUGCCACUUGUGUGACGGUCAGGAAGCUUGCUAUGUGGGCCUUAAGGCAGGGAUAAAUCCCACCGAUCACAUUAUCACAGCCUAUCGGGCUCACAGCUUAUGCUAUGCUUACGGACUUGCUGUCCAAUCAAUUCUUGCAGAGCUGACAGGAAGAAGAGGAGGUUGUGCUAAAGGAAAAGGAGGAUCGAUGCAUAUGUAUACCAAGAACUUCUAUGGGGGCAAUGGCAUUGUUGGCGCUCAGGUACCCCUGGGAGCUGGUAUUGCUCUGGCCUGUAAAUAUAAGGGAAACGAUGAGAUCUGUUUGACUCUGUAUGGGGAUGGCGCUGCUAAUCAGGGUCAGAUAUUUGAAGCUUACAAUAUGGCAGCUUUGUGGAAACUACCUUGUGUUUUCAUCUGUGAGAAUAACCGUUAUGGAAUGGGAACAUCUGUUGAGAGAGCAUCAGCCAGCACUGAUUACUACAAGAGAGGGAAUUUUAUCCCUGGACUAAGGGUAGAUGGAAUGGAUGUUCUAUGUGUUCGGGAGGCAACUAAGUUUGCAGCUGACUACUGUAGAUCUGGAAGGGGGCCCAUACUGAUGGAGCUGCAGACAUACCGUUACCACGGGCACAGUAUGAGUGAUCCUGGAAUCAGUUAUCGUACACGAGAGGAAAUUCAGAACGUAAGAAGUAAGAGUGAUCCUAUCAUGCUUCUCAAAGAUAGAAUGGUAAACAACAAGCUUGCCAGUAUUGAAGAAUUGAAGGAAAUUGAUGUUGAAGUGAGGAAAGAAAUUGAUGAUGCAGCCCAAUUUGCUACAACUGAUCCUGAACCACCUUUGGAAGAAUUAGGCCAUCAUGUCUACAGCAAUAAUCCACCUUUUGAGGUUCGUGGUGCAAAUCAGUGGAUCAAGUUUAAGUCCAUAAGUUAA